UCAGAAGCUAAUCAUUUUCAAGAACACAGGGAAGAAGAAACCUGGUAAAUCCAGAAUUCUAACCGAAGUUUUGCUAACAUGAGGCCCGUGCCAGGAUCACCAUGCCCUAGGAUCGUGCCAGUGCCAGAUGACAGUCCUAAACUCAAUCUAAUGUUCUACAAAUCUCUUAACAUUCUCAACGAUUCCCAGCUCCAGAAAGCAAAAAGAGAGAUUCGUGCAUGCCUCAGAGAGGAACAUGAACUUCAAGCUUUCUACUGCAAUUAUGCCAAAAGUGCAGUAUGCAAAGACGAGAAGAUAGAACUCUUGGAACAGCGCAGGACCUCCCUUUUUAAGGAGGUAUUCCUGAGAUCUCGUCUUCGGAAUGUCAAACAACGCAUUCACGAACAAUCAGCAAAGAAAAGGAAAACGGUCGGAGAACGCCUUUUGGAACAAGCCGAAAAGGAGAAGAAAGCGCUGCUCUCCAGAAGUGCUGUGCGAAAGCUCUUCGACGAUGAUGACGUCAACGAGCCCAAACGCAGUUGUGACUUGAACAAGGAUGGACAACAGACCAGCGUCUAGGAAACUCUACUGUGGAAGUAUUUCCACCUUUUUGAUAUGUUAUACCUCAUCCGAGAUGCAUGAGUUACUAAAAAUGUGUAAAACUCAUCCGGUUAAAUCUAUGAAGCUCAGCAUCUCAAGGGUAUUGUUUGUUGUGACCUUUCAGGUUUAACAUUGCCAUAAGUAAGCUUUAUUCUUUCAAACCUCUAUCUCAUACAUCCAUAUGUUCUCAUUUUCU